GCCACAGAGGUGGCUAUCAGAUACCGCUGUGUGAGCUCACUGUUGUCGCUGUGCAGUGGAGGCGUUUUUUUCUGUGUGUGCAGCCAGCCGCAAGAAAUGGAUGUGUUUCUUAUGAUCAGACGUCACAAGGCGACCAUCUUCACAGAUGCCAAAGAGUCCACCACAGUAUAUGAGCUGAAGCGCAUUGUGGAAGGCAUUUUAAAGAGACCACCUGAAGAUCAGAGGCUUUAUAAGGAUGACGUGCUGCUUAACGACAGUCAAACGCUUGGAAACUGUGGCUUCACAAAUCAAACAGCCCGACCUCAGGCCCCGGCUACAGUGGGAUUAGCUUUUCGUCUGGGUGAUGAUUCAUUUGAGCAGCUGAGGAUCGAGCCUUUCUCCACCCCCCCUGAGCUUCCUGACGUCAUGAAGCCCCAGGACUCGGGCAGCACAGCCAACGAGCAGGCUGUUCAGUGAGGGUGGUGGCGGGUUAAGGAAAGGCACGCGCAGGGGGUCUGAGGGAGGACGCACGAGGGGAGGGAGGGGGGCUGAUUUUUUUGGGAAGUGAUGCUUCAGCGAGUGAGAUUCACCUCGCCUUACUUCAGCUGGGCAUAAACAAUUACAAACACGGGUUCCCCUUGUUGUAAACCCGAGGGCAGUUGCUUCAAAGCGAUUCAUUUGUCCUGAAAUCGGAGAACGCAUGCUAAAUUGAAUCUUUCUCACAAGACCCUUCAGAGAUUCCUGACGGACUUGUCAUGACACUGUCAGUCAUCCACAGGAUUGGUAAAGGCUGAACAUAAAGAAUUGUACCUCGUAUUUAAUGAAUUCUAGUCUUUAUUUGGGGUAAGGCUAAUGCUGCCUUACUUGUCGUGUUUUUUAUUUGCUGGCAUAAACGUGGGAGUUGAUAAGGUGUGACAUUUUUAGGCUUUUAUGUUUGUGUGUUUCUUUAUUAAACUAUUACUAGGAUUUAACAUGUUUUUGGUCUUUGGUCUGGAUAUACUGUAUGUUGCAACAAUAGCUAAGUUUUGUGAGUUUCUAAGUUCCGAUCUGUUUCAAGAACGAUAUGAAUCUGAAAUUUAAAUAAUUCAGACAAAGCAGCAAAAAUAAUGAUUGUUGAUUAAUUUAUACUUAUACAGGUGGUAACUAAUCAACUUUCCUACCCAGUGUUGAUUGUGGCCCAUCAAAUUAAGGAGAUGUCGGUGAGCUUUUGCUGACUUCAAUUAUUGGACCUGAACGGCCAUAGUAAACAAAACUGAUUGUACAGUCAUGUGAUGUUAUGGAACCGUGUCUGUGAGUUGUGGGCUGCACACAUCAACCCUCUGUUCUCACCAGAACCACUGCCCAUUCAGUUUUAGUUGAUGCUAUUAUUUACACCAUUAAUACCCAGAUACACCGUUUACCCUUAAAGUGAGAAGUAUGGACAUAUUCAUAUAAGUAAAGAGUAUAAAAAUGGGUCACGCGAUCUUGAGAACUACAAUAAAAAUGAAAGUACUUCAUAAGUUACAACAGGAAAGGAUAUUCUGAUGUUGAAUGAAAUAUCAAAACAAAGUAUUUCCCAAAAGAGGCUGUUAGACAGUGGGGUGUGAUCGAAGUUGCACUUGUAACUUAACAUUAAAACAACUGUUUUUCA